CGAGGCUCUACUGUCAACAACAUUAGUGUACCAUAUCCCAGUGAUUUUACCCAAAUAACUAUCAACAAAAAGCAAUUUAAUACUAAAACAAUUAUUAAUAUUAUGAUAAUUUAAAGUUUUAAGUUUGUAGUGCAAUAAAAAUGUCGGGGGCAUAUGCAGCAAACAUUAUAACCGAAAACGGUGAACAAUUUAUUCCUGCUUCGCAAAGGCCCGACGGUACCUGGAGAAAAGCCAGGAGAGUAAAAGAGGGCUAUGUACCCCAAGAAGAGGUUCCUUUAUACGAAAGUAAAGGAAAACAAUUCAUGACAAAGAAACUGGAACCCGUAGUACUACCCAGCGGUAAAAGUGCUCAAAGACCGAUUCCCGGUUUGUUUAUCACUCAAGAAGACAAGCCGGAAAAAAAACCCAGCAAGAAGAAAGUCAAGAGCAAAAUUGAAGAGAUAAAUAAAAUACUGCAAAGUACCAGUCUCGAAUCGAAACCCCAAGAAACCACCGAUCCGGCUAAGAAGCUGAAGAACCUCAAAAAGCGUCUGAGAGAAGUGGAAAACCUUGAAGACAAAAUAAAGAGUGGCACCCUGGCCAAACCGGAACCCGAGCAAUUGGCGAAAAUCAAUCGCAAAAACGAUCUCUUGGUACAGAUAAGGGAACUAGAAAAACUAAUCUAAAUAGAUGUUAGGUACCUAAAACUCAGCUAGUAGUAGUUUUGUGAUAAGUAAUGCAACAAAAUUUAAUUUACUGCCAAUUAAAAAACGGCUGUGAUGAUUAUCAUUUUUGGGCCUACAAAAAGAUUUGUUGCAUUAUUCAACACAAAUCUUUGAGCAUUUAUUUGUAUUUUGUGUGAUACUAUUGUUGUCGGAUAGUAACUAUUUUGAGUUGCUAGAAUUGUUUUAACUAUUUUUUAAUUUGUGUAAACUCGAAAGGACGUUUAUUUAGAGGAGUUUGUGAGUGAAGCCCCUAGGUUGCUUUAUUUGUCAAAUUUUUAAUCCUGUUUACCUGAUCUAAGGUCUAA